UUCUCUGACAAAGGCCUCAAUCUAUUUCCUGUUUUUAUGAAGCCCCUCCCUCAGAAAUACACAAUGGACUGAUAUUGGUCAACUGAUUCAGUGUGUUGUGAUUCGCUCAACUGCGCAGGGGGGCAGGGUUUCAUAUUUUAUUGAAGCUUUCCCCGGGCGCCGCUAUUGUUUAGCGGACCCCCAUCUUCUGUUAGCAUUUCAUUGACUCCCAUUCAUUUUGGCGUCAAUUUGACAGUAAAUAACUUUACAUCUGAGGUGUUUAAAGACUCCAUUUGUCCACUAAUUAUUUCUAAAGAAACACGAAAAUGUAUAAAAGGCUCCAUUACUUUGUAUCUUACGUUAUGGCACCAUACAAGCAUUAUUGUAAAAAUAGGCUAACGAUUGCAUCAUAAUCUGCGACUCUCUAUCCCACAGUAGAGAAAUUACCGUAUGGACAGGAGGAGAAGCUCGCAGGCAAUCUUUACUGUCUAUGAGACAAUCAGGGGGACGUGGAGGCAUAAAGUCAAGGGGGAAGCCCAUAGAGAGUCCAUAAAAACAAUGGGACAAAAUUUUCAACAACGUCUGUAAGAUUCGGUGGGUGAUUCAGAUUUCUCUUGGCACAGCUAUUAUAAGACCUAUAAUUGUCAGACAGGUUGCUCACGUCACAUCUACGUCAUCAAGUUCAGUUUGAGUCUGCGCAGUACCCCCGACCCCCAGGAAGUGCGUGCUUCUAAUUGAGUUACUUGUCUCCGUUGAAUCCAAUCGGGUCACGGUGUCCAUUUCUUAUACUGUCUAUGAAACUGCCUCGAGUGCGUCUGAACAUCCUGCCCCUAACAGAAACACAGAAAAUAUUAAUAAAGAGGAUCGUGCAGAACCUGUGCAAGCACAGCUCUUAAAGGGUUAGUUCACCCAGAUAGCAAAAUUAUGAAAUUAAUAACUCACCCUUAUGCUGUUCCAAACCUGUAAGGUCUCUGUUUAUCAUCGGAACACAGUUUAAGAUAUUUUAGAUUUAGUCUGAGAGCUCUCAGUCCCUCCAUUGAAGCUGUGUGUACGGUCUACUGUCCAUGUCCAGAAAGGUAAGAAAAACAUAAUCAAAGUAGUCCAUGUGACAUCAAAGGGUCCGUUAGAAUUUUUUAAAGCAUCGAAAAUACAUUUUGGUCCAAAAAUAACAAAAACAACGACUUUAUUCAGCAUUGUCUUCUCUUCCGUGUCUGUUGUGAGAGAGAGUUCAAAACAAAGCAGCUUGUGAUAUCCGGUUCGCGAACGAAUCAUUCAGUUCACCAAAUUGAACUGAAUCAUUUUAAAUGUGGCUGACACUCCCUCUGAGUUCAAACAAACCAAUAUCCCGGAGUAUUUCUCAGUAUUUUAUCAGUUUGAUUUGGUGAACUGAAUGAUUUGUUCGCGAACCGGAUAUCCAGACUGCUUUGUUUUGAACUCGCUCUCACUUUUGCAAAUAUCGACUGUAUAUGUUGCAAGUCUUCAUUUAUCUCAAUUUAUUAAACUUUUUUUUACAUAAUUAGGCUAAUUCGUUUCAAUUAAUACACAUUUUUAAAUAAAACAUUUAGUCAGAAACUCAAGUAAAUUACCGUUUUGUUUGGUUGUCUGUUUUUUUUUUUAUUGUGGGAGAGUCAUAGCUUAAACAUACAUGGGCUUAUAUAUGUGGCAUCUAACUACUAUUAGUACUGUUCCUAGUAUUAAAAUGAGUUCUGCAUUUGACUACUGUACAAUAUGUAAACAAUGAUUUGGUUAUAUCUGCUAAAACUGGGCAAUUUUCAAGCCAAAAUUAACAGCUCAAAUAGACAUGGGUUUAUGAAUUUACAUUCUAAACAAGAAAAUAAGAGAAGGUUAUGUAGUAGGGCAUGCAAAUUGCAAGAUGACGUGUUGCACAUGACAGUGUGUUUCUUAGAGAUGCAGGGCGUAUGAGCAGUUCAUGAGCACUUCUCCAGCAACAGGAGCAGGAAUGGCUUGGCAGAACAAUCAAAAUCGCUUACAGUUUCUCUUUGAAUAUACAACAGUCAGUUAUGUGGGCACGCACAAUAAGAAAAUCGGACUUCUGUACAGAAUAUUUCAACUCACCAUAAUGGGAUAUCUCAUUGGAUGGGUAUUUUUGAAAAACAAAGGAUACCAGGUAAAAGAUGAUACUAUUGAGAGUUCUGUGGUAACUAAAGUUAAAGGAGUUGCACGUGUCAACACAAUAGAUUCAAAUUUGUGGGGACCAGAGGACUAUGUUUUCCCCAACCAGGGUGAGAACUUUCUCUCUAUACUAACCAAUUUCAUCGAGACAAAAGAACAAACAUUAGGCAACUGUUCAGAGAACCCAGAUGUAGCGAAUAACGAUUGCUCUAAGAAUGAAGAAUGCACAGCGGGAGAGGCUGUUAGGGCUGGAAACGGAAUUAAAACUGGCGUUUGUUUGAUACCCAACGGCACUUGUGAAAUAUAUGGCUGGUGUCCCACUGAAAGACAAAGGGAACCAGACCCUGCCAACAUUGUGAGAGAAGCUGAAAACUUCACUUUGUACAUAAGAAACUUCAUUAGAUUUUCCCGGUUCAACUUCUCAGCGUCAAAUGUUCCAAAGGAAAACAGAAAAUUGCUUUUCAAACGCUGCACGUAUGAUGAAACUCUUCACCCGUACUGUCCUAUAUUUCGCCUGGGAGAUAUCGUGAACAAAACUGGACAUAAGUUUGAAGAACUGGCUUUAAAGGGUGUUUCCAUUGGGGUUCUGAUUGAGUGGCUCUGUGACCUUGAUAAAGACACAGAGUGUCGUCCUCACUACAGCUUUGUAUGUCUGGACAAAGUUUCAUUUGACUUCAGAUUUGCUCGCUAUUCCACUGAUGCUGCAGGAAAGAGGCAAAGAACAUUUUACAAAGCUUUUGGAAUUCAUUUGGACAUCAUGGUGUGUGGAGUGGCAAGAAGAUUUAAUAUUAUUCCCACGAUUGUCAACAUAGCCUCUGCUCUGACUUUAAUGGCUGCUGGUUCUUACUUCUGUGAUAUUAUGCUACUGUACACGAUGAAGAAGAGGAGUGUUUACACAGAGUCGAAGCUUGACAGAGUGACAACGAAUGACAAAGAAAUUCCAGUACAAAUAAUGCCAGAGGGUCUGAAGAGAAAAUUCAGUUUAUGAAAAUUACAAUAAUAGUAAUGAGAGAACUGGCUUACACACACACACAAAAAAAGUGAAUAAAAUCUCACUGUAUAGCUUAUUCAGUUUUAAGCAUUAUAAGCUGGAGUUUAGUAAAUGUGAUCUGCAUAAUAUAUAGUAUAUAAAUACAAUCUCAUAUUCAGAUUUAUGUUUGUGUCGGACUUCCUGAUGUUGUAUCUAAAAGACCUGUGGAUAUGUAAAGCAUAUUUGGUAUCAAUCAGCGGGAAACUGUAAAUGGUUUUUCAUCCCCUCUGUGGAAAUAUGGUACAUUUGCUUCAUGAGAUGUGAUUCGGCCAUGUAUUGGUUCCUUACCAUUUUAGAGUAAUGUAUAGUCUGGCGGCAUGGACUUCAGCUAGAAAUCAUGACGGAAGAUCAAGAUGGAAAUGACUCAAUACAUGUAUUGCAUUAACGUCAUAGACAAUUCUAUUAGUAAAUAUGAGUUCCAGUUCAAAAGCCUCUAAAAGCCGUCUUAGUCAAAAAUGAGAUAAUGAUACUGAGUGAAUGCUCUCCACACAGUAUAUGUGCAUUGAGUACUUUUCACUUUAAAUGCGCUAAAUCCCAACCUCAAACCAUUGAGAAGUACCAGUACUUACAUAGAAACCUAUACAUAAUAGCCAUAAAGCAAUGCUAAUUUUAAAGAAAAACGUCUGACGUUAGAGGCUUUUGCAUCUAAACUCUUAUGAUUUAAGACAUUAAACUGGUUCAGUGGAUUUAUCAUGUUUGACUCUUUUAUUAUUAUUAUUAUUUCUCUCUUUUUUAAACAAUACUAGAAUUAUUUUGUUGCUGUAUGAUGACUAUAGUCAAACCACUUCACCAGAUUGAAUUAAAUUCCUACUAAAAUGUCCUGCUUAAAAACAUUGAAAGUAUGAGUUAGUUGUCGGGACAUAAAAUUACCAGAAGAGGUCAUAGUAAUACACAAAACUCAGAACAGUUUAGCUCGUGUGAUCACAAUUGGCUUUAUAUGAUUCAUUUGAAAUGUUUUUUCCAGGGCGUUUAGAUCUGCAGUACAGUAACAGAACACAUUUACAAAGAGACAUUUCAGAACCUGAUAAAACAUGAAGCAUCUGUGCCACCCGCACCCAAUCCAUCCAUUCAGUUUUAAUUUGCCACAUUUCAUUCCUAUUCUCUAUCAGUUUUUUUUUGUAUAUUUUAUUGUAUUUCAUCAUCAGAACCUAUCAUGACUGAAAGCCUUAGUGGCCCCGAACACUGUAGAGUUUGGCAAACGAUUUUGAGUGUCCUCAGUUAACGCCUGUAUUCUUUGAAGAUGGCAUCAUGGCACAGUUUUGUACAAAGCCAAUUAGAGCUGUGUCACAUAAAUGCCCUGAGGUUAACUGAGCUCCGACACAAGUGCCAAAUCUGUCAAGAUCCUGUGGGUGGUAAUCCAUGUAAAAAUAAAGUUUUUUUCAGUACACUCCUAAACCCCUUUGACAAGAUUAUUAUUGAGCUCCCAAGAACACUAAAUAACACUCUGAUGUAGGCUAGCACAAGUCUAACGACAGGAAAUUGAUGUCAGAUUGUGACCGGGUUUAGAUGUGCAAACUUAAUUGGGGGAAAUCACUGAUUUGAGAUAUGGGACAAACAUUUUAUCUGCCCUUAGUCUUUAAAAGCAUCCUUUUUUUUUUUAUUUGGAGUGAAACAGAGAGGAUCUCUAGAAUAUUCUUAGUUCAGAUACAUCAUUUUGUAAAAUGUCCUCAUCAUUCUGUCAAGAUAUAAGAUUGACUGAAAUUCUAAUGGUUUCCAUACAAAUACCAUUAUAAACAUUACAAACCAUUAACUUUUAAUCAUUAAGAAAUGGG